CAGCAGGACAGAACUGUGCUGGUGGUUUCAGAAAACCCUGGUUUUUAUAGCCUAGUAGGUGAUGGGUCAAGGUCCGAGCAAGGAGCUGCAAACCAUUAAAAGGGGAAAUUUCCUGUUCCCUAUCAGUGUGGUUCUUUCCUGCAGUGCGGAGAGGGGCGCGGUGAGCUGCAGCUGCACAAUGAUCCCCACGAUUGCGUUAUGCUCCCAGUCUCUUCGGAACACCUGUGUUUUUCCCAGAGCUUUAAACGUUUUGCAGCGACCAUGGACUGGUCAACCCGGAUUACUUGCAGCAAGUCGCAGCAUACAUGUGGACUCUCCGCCUGUUAUCCCAACUCUCACUACCAGCUAUGCCCACGGCACGUCUUCCACAUCUUUGCUCCACUCUACAAUAGCAGAGACCCUGCAGAACACUGUGGAGCGCUGGCCUGACCGAGAGGCCGUGGUCUUUGUAGAAGAUGGAGUCCGCAAGACCUUUGCACAGUUUAAUCAGGAUGUGGAUCAAGCUGCAGCCGGGCUGCUGGCGCUUGGACUGCAGAAAGGAGACAGGCUGGGCAUGUGGGGACCCAACACUUAUGAAUGGAUCCUGUUCCAGUUUGCAACAGCCAAAGCUGGCGUUAUAUUGGUGUCUGUGAACCCAGCGUACCAACUGCAGGAGGUGGAGUUUGCGUUGCGGAAGGUUGGGUGUAAAGCUAUAGUGUGCCCUACGCAGUUUAAGACUCAGAAGUACUGCGACAUGCUGAGGCAGAUCUGUCCAGAGAUCGAGUCGUCGGCCCCAGGAGACAUCAAGAGUGCCAGACUCCCAGACCUCCGCUCUGUGAUUGUUCUGGAUAGCCGACAACCAGGAAUGCUUCAUUUUGAUGACGUGAUGCAGGCAGGGAGCAGCCAGUACAUGCGGCAGCUUCAGGAUCUGCAGAAGAAGCUCUCCUUUGAUGACCCGAUAAACAUCCAGUUCACUUCGGGCACAACUGGGGCUCCAAAGGGUGCCACCUUGUCUCAUCACAACAUGAUCAACAAUGCCUACUUUGUUGGCAAAAGAGUGGGAUACACCUGGAGGCCUCACACACGUGUCUGUCUACCCGUGCCUCUGUACCACUGCUUUGGCUCUGUGGCCGGCGGGCUCUGUAUGGCCGUGCAUGGCGUCUCCCUGGUCUUUCCCUCUGCUGGGUACAAUGGAAAGGCCAACAUAGCAGCACUGGAGAGUGAAAGGUGCACCUUAAUUUACGGCACCCCCACCAUGUAUGUUGAUAUGAUUAACCAGCCGGACUUGGCAAAAUACGACUUGUCCUCCGUUGAGGCAGGCCUCAUGGCGGGUUCCCCUUGUCCUCCAGAACUUGUGAAGAAUAUCAUUUCUGUAAUGGGCGUAAAGGGAAUAACAAUUGUAUACGGCACCACAGAGAACAGCCCCGUGACGUUCUGUGCGUCUCCGACAGACAACCUGGAGAGGAAGUCGGAGACCAUCGGCUUCAUCAUGGACCACUUAGAGGCUAAAAUAGUGAACCCUACAACAGGGGAAGUGCUCCCUCUGGGGAUGAUGGGGGAGAUCAUGAUCAGAGGCUACUGUGUGAUGUUGGAGUACUGGGGGGAUCCGGCCAAAACACAAGAGUGCAUCACUAAAGAAGGCUGGUACAAAACUGGAGACAUUGGCAGCAUUGAUGCGUACGGCUACUGCCGAAUCGAGGGCAGGAUUAAAGACAUGAUCAUCAGAGGUGGAGAGAACGUUUACCCGGCUGAGAUUGAACAGUUCCUGCACACACACCCCAAAGUCAUGGAGGCACAGGUGGUGGGAGUCGAGGAUGUCCGUAUGGGUGAAGAGGUCUGCGCCUGUAUCAAACUGGUAGACGGGCAGGACUGCACUGCAGAAGAAAUCAAGGCUUACUGCAAGGGGCAGAUCGCUCACUUCAAGAUUCCUCGCUACGUACUUUUUGUCACCAGCUACCCGCUCACUGUUACCGGAAAGAUCCAGAAGCACAAACUACGCGAUGUUGCUGAGAAGCAGCUGGGACUGAAGAAGGGAAAAUGAGAGGGCUUGCUCGUGUACGGAGAGAAUUCAAUGACUGUUUAUCGUGUGCCACAGAGAUUACAUUACCCAGAUAUCAGAACAUCUUAAAACUUAAGAGUGAGUAGAUGUGUGAUCACUGGGUAUGAAGCCACAUGCUGAGCCAAAUGUUUGAGUUUAUCCUACUGUAACCAACAGUUAAAGGCAUAUUGUAAAUUUUUCUUACUGUCAACAAAUCCUCCAAAAAGACACCGUUGCACUUAAUGACAUGUUCCUUCAUUACCAUGAAACCACUACCAUCAAUUACUAGAGCUGCAAUGACUAAUCGAAUAAUUGAUUAUUUGUCAGCUAUUAAAUUAAUUGGCAACUAUUUUCAUUAAUCCGUUUGUGUCAUUUUGUUUUAAGAAAAAUUAUUUGAUUUCAGCUUCUUCAAUGUUUUCUGGUUUCUUUAAUCCUCUAGGACAGUAAACUAAAUAAUCUUUGUGUUGUGAACGUUUGAGGACGUCAUCUUGGUCUUUGGGAGACACUGAUCAACAAUUUUAUAGAGCAAGCAAAAUAAUCGAUAGUUGCAGCUCUACUAAAACUACAAUCACUAUAUUUUUAAGUAAGUAAAUGAGCCUGUGACAGCUAUUUUUAAGAUUUAUAUCUUCACUAGGCACCAGUGGGUUUGGAGUAGAGAGUCACACAUAGGGUAGGGAAAUUGGAAAAGUAUUGUUGGUUUUGGUCUUUUUAUGGGAUUUGUCUAUGAAAUAAAGAACAACACCAGCCUCAACCUACUGCUUAAUAAUAUAGAUAAUAGAAACUUGAACCCAAAAGAUGCAGAACGAUCCGUAACUAAGCGGCUGUCUCGUUGAGCCACUGUACAGUAAACUGAUGGUCAGUCUUGUUAUAGAUGUUGAACCACUCAGGUUCACUCAUUCCUUUUUUACAUCAACUUGAAAUAAAUAUUUUACCACAUUAUUAAAACCAGG